AUGUCUUCUAGUUCCUCUAUUAACUCUUCUUCCAAUCAAAUCCUUCCGGAAGAUCGCCGCGAAGCCUCAGAGCCGAGCUCCUCCUCUUCGAAUCCUCAUCAAUCGAGUUCGUCUGAGGAAGAGAGCAAUCUUCCACAGUUAGUUCGUAAGAACUCCAAGUCGAUGGAAGCGAGUAGCAGCCGUGCUAGAAUUAGGGUCGAAGAGGUCGAGGAACCUGAAGGAGAGAAUGAGGAAGAGAACGUUACUGAGGCAGAGGUUGCCGAGGACAACCUCGAUGCGGUGAACCACGCUUCACCACCGCUUCCAAGACGAAGGAUCGUUCGUCCCAACAACGUACCAUCUUCCUCGGUUACUUCGGGUGCUAUUCAGGCCAUGCUCGAAGAAAAUGGGCUCUCGGACCAGGUUUCUUUCAUAAUUCCCAAAGCUGGAGAUCGGCCGUGGGACGUGCCCGAAGGCUUCCUCUGCGUCUACUUGACUUAUUUCACGCAGUGCGGGCUCUCGCUUCCUAUUCCCUCUCGUCUCCUAGGGUACUGCAACCGGCGCGGUGUAGCUCUUACACAGGUGAUGCCAGCCUCGGUAACGAACUACGUAGGGUUCGUUACCUUAUGCGAGGAGCUUGGUGACAUCCCCUUCAGUCGACUGUUUGAGGACCUCUUCUCGGUGAACAUCCACAAAUCCAAGGAGUGGUUCUUCGCCGCAAACGCUAAGCCGAAGAAGAACAUAGUUACUGGGCCUAAACCCAGUAAAUUCAACGACUGGGAGUCCUUGUAUUUUUAUCUCGAAAUGAACGAUCUCACCGUCAGCAAUUCUGACAUACCAACUCAAUCGGAGUGGAAGAUUCCGAUUGGUAGAUUAGAUGAUCUCAUACUCAGUCGUCAUCUUCCAAGUCUUAUUCUCAAUUCCGGGCUUACUUCUGAGUUCGAAGCAGCCUUCAGCGAAGCCGGUAAGCAUCGUUGGCCUGAGGUGUGGGAAGAGAUUCUCCAACGCCGAUCUAAGAAAGCAGCUUCUGUCCGGGAACCGAAACCGCAGAAGCCAAAAGCUCGAGCUAACAAGCCCCGAGCAGCUCCAAGACGAAAAGCACCUAAGUCGCGAGCCCAACAAACCCGAGCUGCAAGGAUGCUCUCAUUGGAUGAGAUCCCAACUCUCUUUGGCGAAGAGGAAACGAACGUGGCUGACCCGACCCCAAUCCCUGCUACCGGAGGGAUCAAUGAGCAGCCGGAGGAGUUGCUACCUGCUGCGAACUCUCCUGACCAAGCCGGUCAGAAGAAGCUGAAGAAAAAGAAAUCUUCAAAAAAGAUUAAGAAGAUUGAAGACUCUUCUCGAGCACAGGACGUAGCUAUCGAGCUCGAGCCUCCUACAAUCGCGACGUUGGACCUCAAAAUUCCUCGCGACCAGGCUGAAGCUUCUCACUCUCGGAAGAGGCAGAUGAGAGACCAAGCCGAAGGCUCUCCAGGACCGGAGCCAGCCAAAAAGGCCAAGAUCUCCUCUGAUGUGCCGAGUCUUCCGGCUAUCUCCGAGCUCCGGUUCCCCAACUUGUACAAGGGGAUUGCUCGCACAACUGCCGUGCUCGCCAGCCAGACCAACACUCUGGUUGCCGCGUACGAGGUAGCUCUCUAUGACGAGCAAGUUAGGGUUGCUGAGCUCGAGGAGAGGGUCUCCAAAGCUGAAGAGCGCCUUGCCACCGAACUCCAAAUCAACGACACUCUCCAUUCUUUAGUUGAUUUACUGAAGCAAGAGAGUGCUGAGCUGAAAGCGGUGAGAAAGGAGCUCACCGAGGCCUAG